UGAAUUUGUUAAACCCAGCGAAAACACAAAGCCAAAGAUGAACAGCCAGCAGCCAUACCACCAGCCGGCUACUCUAGAAGAAGUGCGUACCCUUUGGAUUGGGGAUUUACCAUACUGGGCUGACGAGUCCUAUCUCCAUAGCUGGUUUGCUCACACUGCUGAGGUGCUCUCAAUAAAAGUUAUCCGCAACAAAAUCACUGGCCAACCUGAGGGCUAUGGAUUUGUGGAAUUUGGUGCACAUGCAGUUGCUGAGCGGAUUUUGCAGUCGUAUAAUGGAACUCAAAUACCGGGGACAGAGCUAACUUUUAGGUUAAAUUGGGCAUCAUUUGGGAUUGGAGAGCGUCGUGAUGCUGGGCCAGAGCAUUCUAUAUUUGUUGGAGAUCUAGCUCCUGAUGUAACAGAUUAUCUAUUGCAAGAGACUUUUCGUACUCACUACCCGUCAGUUAGAGGAGCGAAGGUUGUUACUGAUCCGAAUACUGGCCGCACAAAGGGAUAUGGUUUUGUUAAAUUUGCUGAUGAGACAGAACGAAACCGUGCCAUGUCGGAAAUGAAUGGGAUGUAUUGCUCAACUAGGCCGAUGCGCAUCAGUGCAGCAACACCAAAAAAGUCGAAUACUAUCCAACAACAAUAUGCAGUAGCAAAAGCAGUAUAUCCCCCUGCCGUUUAUACUCCAACAGUGCAGACUAUCCCUGUAGAUAAUGACUUGACUAAUACAACAGUUUAUGUUGGUAAUCUGGAUCCUAACUUAACUGAAGAGGAACUGAGACAAGUAUUUUUGCAAUUUGGUGAAAUUGUUUAUGUUAAGAUUCCUGCUGCCAAGGGCUGUGGUUUUGUGCAGUUUUCGGCGAGGCCAUCUGCUGAAGAAGCAAUCCAGAGAAUGCAGGGUGCUGUGGUUGGUCAACAAAUUGUUCGUGUUUCAUGGGGUAGGAGUCCGACAGCUAAGCAGGACGCUGGUCUAUGGGGUCAGCCUGCUGAUCCGAGUCAAUGGAAUGCUUAUUAUGGCUAUGGACAAGGUUAUGAUGCCUAUGCUUAUGGAGCCACCCAGGAUCCUUCACUAUAUGCAUAUGGUGCAUAUGCUGGUUAUACGCAAUACCCUCAACAGGCUGAAGGUGCUCAGGACUUGGCUUCCAUGACUGGUGCUCCUCCAAUUAUUGAACAAAGAGAAGAGCAGCAUGAUCCUUUGGCUGUGCCAGACGUUGACCGGCUAAAUAAUGCUUACCUUUCUGUCCAUGCAAGCACAAUCUUGGGCCGGCCAUUGUGGCAGAGGACAUCAUCGUUUUCGCAAGUAUAGAGUUCACCGUUACAGAGAUACUGUACCUGUUUGAAUUAAGUUCUUGUGGUGUAUGUUUAUUGGAAACAAAGACUUGGCCAGCCUUCAAAAUGCAUGCUGCAUUUCAGUCUAACAUGCUUAUGCUACUUUCUGAAUUGUUCCUUCAAAAUUUCCCUUUUUUAUUUCUUCUUAUUUCCAGUGUAAUUAUAGCCUUGGGGAGUUGGGUGUCUUUCAGUUAUCACUAGCCAUAGGCUAUCUUGCCUUCAGCACUCUACUUUUCUCAACAGCCAAGAGAUGUCUAUAUUUGUAUGCCUGUGGAUGACCAAUUAACAUGGAGGAGAUGUGGAAGAGUGUAUUUUAUGCAAAAUGAGAUGCAUACAAAUGUACAAUCGUUGUCCUAUGAUCAUUUACUAUAGAUAACAAGUAUCUUAUGGCAAAAAUAUUAUAGAUA